CUACUAUGUACUACGGUGCGCCUUCACUUUGUCUGAAACACCAUGGCUUCUGACGAGGACAAACUACGAGCCAAAGUGGCAAAACUCAAUACAUCUCUCGAUGAGCUCGAGACUCAGCUCGAACCUCUAUUCACCAAGAGCCUUCCCGAGACUCUCGUAGCCCUCGAAACCAUCCAACAAGCCAAAUUGCAAGUGAUCCUUCCAUAUGUACUUUACGAUCUCGUAUUCGUAUACCUCAAAACACGAGGAAUAGAUCCCAAGACCCAUCCUGUUAUCGGCGAACUGGACCGCGUCCGUCAAUACUUUGACAAAAUCAAGAGCGCAGAAGAUUCUGAAGAGAAAAAGAGGCUUGGUAUCGAUAAAGCAGCCGCUAAUAGGUUUAUUAAACACGCCAUCGCCCAAGCAAAGCUAGUAAAAGCUGAAGAACCGAGCAAUACGCCACAUGGACCUGCUUCUACUAGUGAACGGGUUCCAGUAAAAAUAACUAGCAAAAUGGCAGAGCGUGCAGAGUACGAGAAGAACCUGCAGGAAUUGGGCAGUGAAGAAGAGGAGGACCUUGAAGUAUUCGUUGAGGCUGAGGUGUCGGGCAACGAGGAUGCGAUGGAAGAAGAAGAAGAAGAAGGGCAGUCGCUGCCACCCCAAAACAAGGGUAAAUCACGAAUGGUUGAAAAAGAAGUCCCAGAAUGUGAAGAACAAGUAGGUGACAGACGGAAGCGACAACGAAUAGAUCCUUUUGCAGCCUCAGGAUACGGAGAUGAUGAUGCUGGUCAUUCUUCGAAGUCUGAGAAACUAAAGCAGCAGAAAAAGAGGUCGCCCGCAUCUGCCUUACCCAUAGCAGAUAGUGCCUCGGCUGAUCAGACACCAGAUCAGUCAGGACAAAGUACUCAUUUAUCAGCAGCCAACGAAGUGCAGCAACGAAAAGCAGGAAAGAAAGCAAGACGGGAGGAGAAAAAAUCAUCAAGUUGAUACCAGUCAUGUACUGGGACCCUCUACUCCCGGGCCCGUCUUUCAUUCUACACAUCAUGAUAGGAAAGGGCCACAUCAUAUCCGCAAUCAAUGCUAACAUUUUGAGGUCAUCCUCAUAAGUGUAGUACGCGUUGACCCCAGAUCCACAACCGGUAUGAAGAGAGUUCCGAAUCGAUGCAUGGGGAUGCGGCGAUACAUGAUUCUGAGGAUCUUCAGAACAGAUCGUCAGAUGUGUCUGGUGUUGAAAAUCUGCUAGUCUCCUUGCACGGCCACUCCGAACUCGGUUUUGCUCGCGUUCCGAAGAAGAUAUUUGAUUCUUUAGCAUGAUGGAUUACAUACAUAUUUCAUACCAAAAAGUAUUAGGUAGGGAAAUAGAGCUGACAUCCGACACGAGAGUGGCAGGCGUAGGCAUGUGCGUGCAAGUAAAGAGGAGGUAGGCGGUUAUUGCGAUC